UCGAGUGUUACAAACUUGAAAGACAGAGUUGCCUUGGUUCCGAUGUUUGGUAUCAUAUCAUGGAUAGGACAAGUCUUCAAGUUACUCGGUAAGGAGUGGAGGAAAAGACAAAUAAGAACGAUAACAGAUCAAGUUUUUGACAUAGUAAAGAAUCAAGAGGAAACUGUUAAUUUGACUUUUGGGGAUCUGUAUAUUGCUGUUUUACUUGUGUACAAUGGUAUCAACAAGUAUAUUCCUGGUCCCCAUUUUGAUCCUCCAUCAAAAGAAAGAGUCAGAGAAGUCAUCGAGGAGUGUGAUAUCAACUCAGAUAGUCAAAUUGACCGAGACGAAUUUUUUGAUUUCAUCGAGAAAAUGGCACCCGAAACAUUCUAUGUUGUUCAUAAAAAACUUAUUGCCACUUUGGUUGUAGCACCAACAGUUGCAGCAACAACAAAGAAAGCCACUGAAGGUGUCCCAGGGGUUGGGAAACUGGUGCAAAGAUUACCCAAACUACUUUAUACUGCCCUUAUGACAAUUGCAGCUGUGUGGUUCCAAGAGAGUGGUCAAAAUUCUGCACUCUAGCCAUUGCACAUCAUUUCUUUUACACAGAAUGAUAGAAUUUUUUUGUAUUGUACACAUAGGAUUGACACUGUUUCCUUGUUGGUUAUAAUGACAGUUGAUAAAAACAAUGCUGUGUUUCACAUUUUGGACAAAAGACCAACUCUUGAUUUUUCUGUCAAAGGAAAUGUUAUGCAUGUUAAUAAACUGUCUUGAAUAAAAUUGUAUACAAUUAUUAUUUUAAAAAAUUUCCUGUCCUUUGCA